GAUAUUAAAAACCGGACGCUUCCGGUGGCGGGGGGAGCUGUGGCGGGGCUUGCUGGGAUCAUGGCGGAGAACCACUGCGAGCUACUGCCGCCGGCCCCAGGCGGCCUCGGGGCGGGGCUGGGAGGUGGCCUGUGCCGCCGCUGUAGCGUGGGUCUCGGUGCUCUGGCCCAGCGCCCCGGCAGCGUGUCCAAGUGGGUCCGGCUCAACGUCGGCGGCACCUACUUCCUCACCACCCGGCAGACGCUGUGCCGGGACCCGAAAUCUUUCCUGUACCGCUUGUGCCAGGCCGACCCCGAUCUGGACUCGGACAAGGACGAAACCGGUGCCUACUUAAUCGACAGAGACCCUACCUACUUUGGACCUGUGCUGAACUACUUGAGACAUGGAAAACUGGUCAUUAACAAGGACCUGGCUGAGGAAGGAGUGUUGGAGGAAGCUGAAUUUUAUAAUAUCACCUCAUUAAUAAAACUUGUAAAGGACAAAAUUAGAGAACGAGACAGCAAAACAUCGCAGGUGCCUGUGAAACACGUGUACCGUGUGCUGCAGUGUCAGGAGGAGGAGCUCACACAGAUGGUGUCCACUAUGUCAGAUGGAUGGAAGUUUGAGCAGCUGGUCAGCAUUGGCUCUUCUUACAACUACGGAAAUGAAGACCAGGCCGAGUUCCUUUGUGUGGUUUCCAAGGAGCUGCACAACAGCCCAUAUGGCACAGCCAGUGAGCCCAGUGAGAAAGCCAAGAUUUUGCAAGAACGGGGUUCAAGGAUGUGAGGGACACUGUGUUGGCAGCUGAAGAAAUGACUUACUCUUUCUCAAGAUGCAAUGAACCGCCAUGUCCAGGAAACUUGGCUGUGAGAAGAAACCUGCUUUUGAUCAUUUUUCUAGAGAUCUGGGUGUGAAUCCUUUUUUGCCUCUGAGGUGGGUGGUGAGAGACGGUCCCAGCUGUCCAGGGCCAGGCAUCCCCACGGGGAGGAGCACAGUGGCCGGGUGGGUGCAGUCUUGGGGGGCUUACUCUGCUUUUCCAAGUGCCAUGUGGGACUGAGGCAGGAUGCUCCUGGCCAGCCCUGUCAAUCCCUGAAGACCAUUUAGAGGACAGCGUUCUUGGUGCUACACAAACAGUCUGUACAAGCAGCCUGGGCCUCACUGGCAGGAAGUGACUGCAGCUGGUGUUCAGCACGUUGUGGCCUCGAGUCUGGGUGUUGCUGGUCAUCCACGCCAGACCCCAGUCCUCAGCGGGACGUCUGCCCUGCCUCCUGGCUGGGGCCCUUCAGCAGUUUCUCUUGACCUCGGCAGAGACCCUGACAGGGUGGCUUCUGCAUCAUCACUACUUCUGGGCCAGAAUGGGCUCCAUGUCUCCCUGAUCGCCCGGGACAGUCGAGGCUUCUCCAUUUGUAUUUUCCAGGCGGGAGAACUUUGUAUUUCUUUUUCAGUGUGGAUAGACUACCCAGUGUUUCUACUCUUUAGAAAUGCCUACACGUGCUGCUGCGUUGGGGUUGGUCUGUCAGAUCAUUGCGGGAGGUGGUAGUGUUGCCCGUCCCGUUCACUCACGGCUCGUGGGAGCUGGCGCCUGUCAGUGCCUUGUCGCGCCUGGGAUGGAGACUGGGCGGAGGCCUGUCCACUGACUUCUGAAGAAGCAGCUCGGUCUUGUUGAAAAUUCGGGAUGUUUACAGAGCAUCAUAGUCUCGUCUUUCUCGCCGGCUCUCAUUUUCUUUGUAUAACUAUGCAGUCUUCUCUCUGUUUCUGGGAUGUCUGAGAAGCCACACAACCUGCAUGGGCCCUGCCCAUCUGACAUGCCGUGGGUGCUGCUAGGAUUCCUGUAGAAACUGCUACCCACAUGCUUGACAGACCUCUCGGCUGGCUGUGGGGCCUUGCUGGAGUCGGGGACCUGGCGCCAAUACGUGAACUCUGUGCUUCCUGAGGGGAGCUAUGUGCACUGGCCGCCAAGGCUUGCCGUGAGCAGGUCCAGGAUCUGACGCUGUCUGGUUUCCAGUGCUUCCGGAGACUUCUGCCUAGCCUUGUCCUCUUCUCCUUUGCCAAUAAUCUGAUUAACCAAGUUUCCAGCAUCUAGGACUUAACCUCCUCCUUUUUUGUAAGGUCUCUUGUAUGUUGUUAAAUGUUUGGCUUAAACAAUUUAUAAAAGCCUUUCUACAGGGCAGGUCUAGCCCCGGCUGACCCUGCCCCCUCCCCGUGCAGCCCUGGGAGAAAGGUGGCCCAUGACUGCACCUGGGCAUGCACUCUGGGGGCUGCCACCGCUUAGCGUUGUGUGAUUUAUGACCUUGACAUAAUAGAUAGUCUUGUGGUUUUUUUUUUUAAUUUAAAGAUAUUGAGACUUAAUUCACUAAAAUUUAUUCUAAGGGGAUAUUUAUACUUUUAUACUUUUUUAGGUAUCUGUAUUUUAUCAGCUUACAGUUUAAUGCCUAAGUUUCCCCUGAAAAUAGCAAAUAAAAUUGUGUAUUUAUGAAUGA